GAUGGAUGUCCCGUGCCGACUUUGUGGCCCCGUCUUGACUCGACAUCUUGAUAAUCUCAUCUCAUCUGUCUCUCAUCUAUUCUCAAUACUCUCCCCCAAAACAGGUCAAUCCCCAUCCCUGACCGUCCCCACUCGUACGAUUUCUCAGCCACCGACCCAGCCUUCAUGUUCGCCGCUCGCUCUACUCGCUCCAUCUCCAACAUCUCGCGCAGGAGCAUGUCCACCCAGUCCGUUUACAUCCUCGGCGCGCAGCGCACCCCCAUCGGCGCCAAGGACGGCGCGCUCGCCUCGGUCUCCGCCGCCGAGCUCGGCGUGACGGCUGUCAAGGCUGCUCUCGCCAAGGCUGGCGUCAAGCCCGAGCGCGUAGAGGAGAUCUACAUGGGCCACGUCGUGCAGGCCGGUACGGGCCAGUCGCCUGCUCGCCAGGUCGGCAUCAAGGCUGGCCUCCCCCUCUCGGCGGACGCUACGACCAUCAACAAGGUCUGCGCUUCGGGCCUCAAGUCGAUCUCGCUGUCCGCCCAGGGCAUCCAGCUCGGCCAGCGCGGCCUGACUGUCGCUGGUGGCAUGGAGAGCAUGUCGCAGGCUCCCUUCCUCACCCAGCGCCACCUCCCCGUUUUCGGCCACUACGAGGUCAAGGACUCGCUCGUCGUCGACGGUCUCUUUGACGUCUACAACAAGUUCCCCAUGGGCAACUGCGCCGAGCACACUGCCAAGCAGCUCUCGAUCUCGCGUGAGCAGCAGGACGACUUUGCCGAGUCGUCGUACACUCGCGCGCAGGAGGCGUGGGCCCAGGGCCUGUUCAACGAGGAGAUCGCCCCUGUGACCGUCAAGACGCGCAAGGGUGAGGUCGUCGUCAAGGAGGACGAGGACUACAAGAAGCUGCUCAAGGACAAGUUCCGCAGCAUCAAGUCUGUCUUUAUCAAGGAUGGCACUGUCACGGCCGCGAACGCGUCGACGCUCAACGACGGCGCGGCCGCCGUCGUCCUCGCGUCCGAGGAGGUCGUCCAGAAGGAGGGGUACAAGCCGAUCGCCAAGAUCCUGGGCUACGCCGACGCUGCGUGCGACCCCAUCGACUUCCCGACUGCGCCGACGCUCGCCGUCCCCAAGGCGCUCGAGGCCGCCGGUGUGUCCAAGGAUGACAUUGCGCUGUGGGAGUUCAACGAGGCGUUCUCCGUCGUCGGCGUCGCGAGCGAGAAGGUCCUCGGCCUUGACCGCUCCAUCGUCAACACGCGCGGCGGCGCCGUCGCCCUCGGCCACCCCAUCGGGUGCUCGGGCACGCGCAUCGUCGUCACCCUCAUCCACGCGCUCAAGCCCGGGCAGAAGGGUGUCGCGGCCAUCUGCAACGGCGGCGGCGCGGCCACUGCCAUGGUCAUCGAGCGCCUCUAGGGCGAUGCGCCGCGCGCCGCGCUGUGACCCCGUGAGCAUGGCCGGUGAGCGGCAGCAUGUAGCGUGCGAAGCGCCGCGAAGCGCGAAGCGUCGACGUAGUAUAGAGGUUAUGCAUGGAUAGCAGACUACGACGUGA